UCGUUGGCUUUCCCAAAAAGAUUUGACUUUACCAACUCUUAUCUAUAAACAAACAGAAUUUUUACAAGCCAAUGGAUUGGGAAACAGAAUCCUAUUUUUUUGGUUGGCCAAAUAGCCAUAGAAAGUAAAGAAAAAAAAACUAUAUAAACUGGAAUGUUGUUAGUUGGUAAUAGUUACAGGUGGUGAAUAAGUUACAUAGUGAGACGGCUAUGUAGCAGAAAAAAAUAAAAAUAAAAGCCCAUCUUUCAUUCUUUAUUUCCCGGUGAAAAGAAUUAGAAUCUGUAUACAAAAGUCUAAGAAUUCACUGAAGAACAUAAAGAAUUCAAAGCACUUAAGGAAUAUAUCUAAUUAAUUGUACUUAAGUGCCUGAAAGAAAGAUGGCAGGAGGAGGUUUUGUUGUUGGAGGAGGUGGGAACUAUGGAGGCAGUAUUACUGUCUUCGUGAUCGUUACUUGUGUGGUUGCUGCCAUGGGUGGUCUCAUCUUUGGUUAUGAUAUUGGAAUAUCAGGAGGUGUGACCUCAAUGCAGCCUUUCUUGGCCAAGUUCUUUCCAUCUGUACUAGAGAAGAUGAAGAGUAACGAGGCCCAUGAAAACGCCUACUGCAAGUUCAACAGCCACCUUCUUACGCUCUUUACCUCAUCCUUAUACCUGGCUGCUCUUGUGGCCUCCUUUUUUGCUUCGACAAUUACUAGGGUGUUUGGCCGGAAGCCCACCAUGUUCUUCGGAGGCUUGGUGUUUUUGGCUGGAUCCAUUCUCAACGGGGUCGCUGAAAGUGUUCUAGUCCUGAUCAUUGGUCGUUUGUUACUUGGUGUGGGUGUUGGUUUUGCCAAUCAGUCCGUACCAGUAUAUCUCUCAGAAAUGGCACCGGCAAAGAUUAGGGGUGCACUCAACAUGGGAUUUCAAAUGGCCAUCACCAUUGGCAUUCUAAUGGCGAAUCUGGUCAACUAUGGUACUUCCAAGAUUAAGGGUGGUUAUGGCUGGAGAGUAUCUCUAGCUCUUGCCGGUGUCCCUGCAAUAAUGAUGACAGUUGGUGCCAUAUUCCUACCUGACACUCCCAACUCCAUCCUAGAGAGAGGCAAUCCUGAGAAGGCCAGGAAGAUGCUUGAGAAGAUUCGUGGCACUAAAAAUGUGGAGGAGGAGUACCAGGAUCUUCUGCAAGCAAGUGAGGCUGCCAAGAAGGUGGAACACCCGUGGAGGAAUAUCCUCCAACCCAGGUACCGACCUCAGCUCGUGAUUUGCUCUGUCAUACCCUUCUUCCAGCAGCUCACUGGAAUCAACGUGAUCAUGUUCUAUGCUCCUGUUCUAUUCUUGACAUUGGGAUUUGGGGAUGAAGCUUCCCUCAUGUCUGCUGUUAUCACUGGUGUUGUCAAUGUUGUCGCCACCUUGGUUUCCAUCUUCACUGUUGACAAGUUUGGGAGAAGAAUUUUGUUUUUGGAAGGUGGUUUCCAAAUGAUUUUCUGUCAGAUUGCUGUGGGAGUGAUGCUGGGACUGAAAUUUGGUGUCAAUGGGGUAGGGACAAUAUCGGGCACUGAAGCCAACGUUGUAUUGUUUUUGAUCUGUGCAUAUGUAGCUGCAUUCGCAUGGUCGUGGGGUCCAUUGGGUUGGUUGGUUCCAAGUGAAAUCUGCCCACUGGAGAUUCGAUCAGCAGGGCAAGCCAUCAAUGUUUCAGUCAACAUGUUCUUCACUUUCGUCAUUGCUCAGGGCUUCCUUGCCAUGCUUUGCCACAUGAAAUUUGGACUCUUCUUCUUCUUUGCUGCGUUUGUUAUGAUAAUGACCACCUUUGUGGCUCUCUUCCUACCUGAAACGAAAAAUGUACCAAUAGAAGAGAUUAACAGAGUUUGGAAAGCUCACUGGUUCUGGGGUAAGUACAUACCUGACGAUGCAGUAAUUGGUGGUGGAAUUGAUGAGUCUUCAGGACGAGUAUAAAGAUCGAUGUGUUGUGGAAUGCUUUAUUUUAUGUUAAUUGUUGUAAUUUAAAAAGGAGAUAGCCAGAGUUUAAGAUGAAAAGUAAUGCUAGGGAAACUAAAGAAUGAAAAAUCACUGAACUUUGUGUAAUUUCUCAUCUGUAAAAAUGCAAGAAGGAAAUAAAUCCAUAUUGGAGUAAUUAUGAAGUU